AAAGCAAAGCAAAGCAAAUCAUCCGUUUGUGCCUUCCUAUCCAAGCAAUGAACAACCCCAAGCUCAAAGGCUAUGGCUUCAAGCCCUCCGAUCAAAUCCUCAUCGACUAUCUCCGAGACCGAACACUGUUCGGCCGUGAUUACUUGGUCCAAGACAUCAUCGACCUCGGUCACGAUAUUUGCAACUAUGAUCCAUGGGAUCUACCUAGUUGCGAUUCUAUCACACCGAGUGAUUCGGAACGAUUUUUUAUUUACCGAAAACGUAUAAGUAUGCAAACAGUAAGUCCAAGGUGAUCGGUACGCCUACAGGACAAGUACCGAAAGGUGAACAACGGCAGCCGAUGAUAAAUCGAGCUACCAAGAACGGAAAUUGGAAAGUCUCGGGGGAUCCAGUUGAUGUAAAGUCUAGUGAUGAUACUAAACAAGUGAUUGGUAUUAAGACAAGGUUGUAUUUCAGGCACAAUAGCUGCCCAAACAAAACACCAUGGAUGUUAUAUCAGUUCGAACUUGUUGAUAUUGAUCCUUGCAAAGAUAAAUAUUUUCUUGGUAAAGUGAUAAUGAAAGAAUUUAAGCCAACCAAUAUUUCAAGUAACAAUAUAAACGAUCGGAUUUCAAUUCCAGAGGUUCAAGUAGAACUUGGUCCGGAGCCAUUAGUUGAAACGGAAGUAACUAAUGAGUACGAGUGGACUCAAAGUGAACAAAUUAAUGAAUUUAUAACACCCUAUCCAGUUUUCAACAAUGAGAACUUUAUUGAUGACGGGAAUGAAGUGAUCUCCCAUCACCAGUCACAAGUUCAAGUAGAACUCAGUUCAGAGUCAUUAGUUGAAACCGAAGUAACUAAUGAGUAUGGGUUGACUCAAAGUGAACAAACUAAUGAAUUUAUAACUCCCUGUCCGGUUUUCGACAACGAAAACUUUAUUGAUGAUUGGAAUGAAGUGAUCUCCAAUCACCAGUCACAAGUUCAAGUAGAACUCAGUUCAGAGCCAUUAGUUGAAAUCGAAGUAACUAAUGAGUAUAGGUGGACUCAAAGUGAACAAACUAAUGAAUUUAUAACUCCCUGUCCAGUUUUAGACAUAGAUGAUGGGAAUGAAGUGAUCUCCAAUAACCAGUCACAAAUAAAUAUGGAGAUAAUUAGAAGCUUGGAAGUACUAUUAGGUAUUGUGGAUCAAAAUCAAUCAUACCAGAAUAUUGGGAUCGAUAAUGAUCGAACAGUCCCCGAUGAAGGAAGCAAUCAACAUAAUAUAGUUGCAGAGAAUGAAAGCUCAAUCUUGCCUUCUAAUUUACAUAACCAUCUAAUAGAUUUUAUAAAUCAAAUGGAAUGGUCCGACUUAUACAACUUAUGCCGCAGUAUCGGGGUUUUUCUCGACGAGUUGCCUGACGAGCCGCAAGAACUCGGGCCACAAAAUCAAUGCGGUAUUAACCAGCAACUUGCUGCUGGUGCUAAGAUAGACUGCACCAAUUUGCCCCCUUCGGAUGUGGCUGAAUCUUCCUACUCGACGGAUUCAGUCCGUAAAAGAUCAGCCAUGGAGGUUGAAAGAUUGGCCACCGGUGUAGAAACUGAAUUGGCUCAACAACAAGCAAAGAGAAGUAGAUUAUAAAGUUCGAGUUGCUUGUCUCCCGAAUUUGAUUAGUGCUUAUAAGUCGUAAUGUUAGACCCAUCGUCUUAUAAGUUAGUUUUCGAGGUUGGGUUUAUGUUUAUUUGACUUGGAAUCCUAUCUAGGCAUAGGUAUUUAUAUUGAAAAGAUUUUAUGCGUUGCUUGUAUUACAAGUUAAGUUUUGAGGUCGUGUGUUUAAUAUAUGUUUCAACUAUAUAUAUGGACAUCUAUAAUAGCAAGUGCGGCUUGCUUGAUAUGUUUUUUUUA